AUGCCACCACAUGACGAGGACGAACAAAGCCCGCCCUUCACUCUUUGGGGUUGUCAUCCGCGGUUUGAGGACCUUGUACAAAACAUCGAUGCCGGCACAUGGGUCGCUCCUGGCGACUGGGCCGGUGGCUGUUCUGUUACCAACGACCUGAUCGAACACUUCCCCCGGGCGAGCAGCUCGCAUUUCGUGCAGGAUGGCAACACUCGGUACCCCACCUUUGAUUUGGUCUCGCUCGAGAUCAUUCAUACGAACCUGAAGGAUAUCGCGGUACAGCUGCGCGCUUCGUGCCCGCAGGCCAUCAUGGAUCAAUUGUCCGCGACCCUGGAGCACCUUGACCGAUUGAUCCAUGGAAACCAGGAGACAGAGACUGUCAACGACGGGGCCAGCAUCGGCUCCCUCAAUCUGAGUGACCUUAUUCGGGAGCCGUUACCCGAUCUAAAGGUUGCCGACAAUGCCAGCAUGCACGCCUCGGAUGACGAAGUUACUCUUUACGAGGGCGAAACCCAAUACCUUCAAGCAGUAAACGGUGGGGCCACCAAUGAAACCUACAAUCUCUACCACGUGCUCAUACAGUCAGAUUAUGAAGACAAUGCCAGGAUCCUCGAGCUUGGGGUUGCGGAGAUGGCUGCGUACGAGGGCGACACGGACGAGCCUUCAACGCUUUCACUUGAUUACGACUUCAUCUACGCCGACGACAUGGACGCCCAACCAGUCCAAAACCAAGUCGAUGCCAGCGCGGUGCCUACACCAUCCAACACCGGCCUUCUUCAGCAAUUCGAAUCAAUGAACGUUAACGACUAUGGAGAAGAGGUCUCGUCCCCGACCAAUGGCCCACUUAUCCCUCAUGACCAUCACGGCCCAUGCGUAAAUCAGUCCCUCGGUACCGACAGCACCGAGUCUGAACUUGGGCCUGGAUUUGGCGACGAUGAAGCCGUCAUGUCGCGCUCUGACCUCAACCAUGACCCUCAGCGGAAGCAUCUUCCCGUGUACGACAUCCGCCACCAUGUGUGCACAUCAAGGAACGGGUGGACGUGGGACUAG